UGUUUAUCUUAUGCUGGCCCAGGGCAAUCUGCUUAAACAGUGUGCUUAGUUAAAAGCUUGCCAUUACAAUAACUUCUCACACGUUUACAAGAGCCCUUAAUAGUAUACACAUCAUUGUAGUUGAUGAGGAGCAAUCUUCACAUAGUUUCCCGAAUGUGUUGUCUUUUAGCUAGAGUCUACAAGAAUUAUUGGAAGAGAAACAGCUGUUGUAUGUCAGGACAAGCUAGCAUCGGCUUAAUGUCUGGGGGCAAACAUUGUGCCAGUUGCUUCACAUAUUUGGGCACACUUCACGAAAUAUGCUUUACAUUUUGAUAUAUGUCAAUAUAUGCUAAAAAGCAAGCUAUGCAGAUCCGUAGCCAUGCACAGAAAUACUUUCUGAAGGUCCAGAAGAGUGGGACAAGUGAACAUGUACCUCCCCCACGCCCAAAGAGAAAAGCAGCUCAUCCUUAUCCACAAAAAGCUCCAAAAAAGGUUGUGUCCCAAGUUGGCAGCAUCCAAUUUCAACCUCCAGGAGCUUUGCCUGAACCAGGAUUUGGUAUCGGGCCUGAUUCUCUAGCAGUGCCUGGAAAUACAAUUAAUUUCUCUCCCUGGACUUACGACAAUGUGCCUGCUAUCAGCACAACACACAUGAGAAAAGAUGACGCACAAUUAUCCAGUGGAGGAGUCGUGCAAAAUUGCAGCAGCAGCAGUAACGAGAGCAUGCCUAGGAUUUGUACGACUAAAGAGAGCAAUGCCCAAAAGGAGAGCAAGAAGCAAAUGAAAGUUAUGCCAAACUUUGCACAAGUUUACAGGUUCAUUGGCAGUGUCUUUGAUCCAAGUACGAGGGACCACAUACAGAGGCUAAAAAAGAUGGACCCCAUAGAUGUUCAGACGGUAUGUGGGAAUUAAAUUAGCAGACACACGUAUAAUGUUAGAUAGCUUCAGUUUGCAUCUCACAUAUGUAAAGUUGUGAACAAUGAGAGGGAGCAGAGACAUUUAUGGUGCAUACUGUAACUCUGUACACAAGGUGUAUAUCCUAGCUUGGAUUGAGGUGUAGUUGUUUUUGUUGUGGAUGAUGCGUAAAUCCAAUUUGCAGACAGGGGUCUUAGAUAAUGCUCUUCUGAUCCCAAAUGGAAUGACUUACUUUGUCUACCAUGGUGGAAGAACUUGAAUGGUUAAUUUUAUAGGUCACAGUUGAAAUGUCUGUCGUUGGGCAAAGCAAAGAUGAAAUACUUUUCAAAGUUUUGAAGAUGGAGAAUUUUUUUUAUACCAGGAAAUGACUGAGUUAGAUGUGUGCAUUAGAUAUUACAAUUGGCCAACAAUGAAUCUCUAUUAUUUCCAAUUAGUAUUAGAUCAUCAGCCCCUAUACACUCCAUAUUAGUGGGAGCCUCUGAAACCUAUCAAUAUUCUUUUGUUCAAUAUUGCACAAAACUGAAGGGAAAAAGGAACUUUCCUGAUCUAUUGUACACUUUGAAAUGCAUGUCGUAGAACAAUAAAAAGUCAAAUUUUUGAAAGGCAA